AUGAGCGUGCGUGGGGGCCGGACUGCCCGGGCUCAGUCAGAGCUGGUGCUGGUGCUGCUGCUGCUGCUGCUGCUGCUGCUGCUGCUGCUGCUGCUGCUGCUGCUGCUGCUGCUGCUGCUGCUGCUGCUGCUGCUGCUGCUGCUGGCAGUAUAUGUUCCCAGCCAUUUUCACAUUGACGCCCUACACUCUGCAGUCAACAACAGAAUUCGUUCAGGCGCCGGCCCCGAUCUAAUCCUAGGACUUGAUGGAAACGAGUGA